GCAUUGACCACCUCAAAAACCUCCGGCCUUCUAUAAGUAUAAAUGAUAAGACCAGACGAAGCCACUCAGUUUGGCAGGCCCUCUUAGGCGACGUUGCCCGGGGAGAAGCGGUUCCUGAGUAGAAAAAACGAUGAACGUUGCUGGGGUGAGCCACCGCUUCUUCUGCUGGUAUAUCUACGGACUGCCGUACAAUCUUCUCGAUCCGAGACUGUUUUCGCGACGAAGCAGGACCUUGUGAUUCUUGGUCUCCCGGUGUCGUCCCACUGAGGUUCUGAAACGAUGAAACCUACACCCGGUAGGGUCGUUCUGUCACCGGUGGUGACCAGGGGUGAAAAUAGAUUGGUAAACAUGAUUGAGAAGAAGCUUUCGGGAUUCCCUAGCGGUCUGCAGCUAACCGCUCAACUGAAGGCGAGACGUGGGCUGCUGUUCCGUCGUGGCUCGAGUGUACUGCUUCUCUCGGUUGCGCUCUGUCUGGUGGUUCUUGCGCCGUUCGUUCCUUUCGAUUGUCCUACACGUCGUACAUGCACAGCCCUGGCUGACGCUGUUACCAGUCUUGAGACGGAUACUGGUUGGAAUGAUUCGUCCAGUUGGACUGACACGCAGCAGGACACCGCGGUCGAAGGGAGCGCUGAUGCUCGAGAAGACGGCAGUGCUACAGAACUAGAUGGCGGUGGUACAGAAGGAGACGGCAGUGCUACAGAACUAGAUGGCGGUGCUACAGACGUAUAUGGCGGUGCUACAGACGCAGACGGCGGCGCCAUAGACGUGGAAGGCGGCGUUACAGAAGGAAUGAGCAUGACUCUAGGCGAGGCGACCGAGUCUUAUGCUAUCGAAUCACUGCGAGCACCGAGCAGAAGUCCGAGCGUCGCCGCGCUGGUUCCAAGGAUCCACCGCUCCGGACAAGCUCGUCCAAUAGUUGUCUCUGGAAUCCUUGCAAGCGUUGUGCUUUCUAUCAUCCUCGGCGCCAUCUUUCUCAACUCGGACAGGAUUUUGAUUACAGAAACUACACCAUCUCCAAACGCGACGUACGUUACCGACGACACCUCCACGCUAGCCUGGCAGCUUUACCUCUGCACAUACAGAUGGAGACGCAAUGCGACCCGUACGGUUGCCAUUUACGGCUGUCAUUGUGUUCUUUGA